AUGUGGCGGCUGCCGCAGGUGCCUCCUNCCAGUUAUAGGAACAAAUUGGCAAAAGAGAAAGCCUGGAAUUAUGUGGCGGCUGCCGCAGGUGCCUCCGUAGAGCAGUGCCAGAGUCGCUGGAGGUCUCUUCGAGACCGUUUUGUGAAAGAAAGCAGGAAGGCGCCUUCUGGAAGUGCUGCGAAGGACAUUGGUGGUUGGCAAUACAUGGAGGCGAUAGGAUUCUUGGCACGUCACGUUGCACCUCGACAGACUUUUGGUAAUACCACUUUCGACAGCGUGGGAAGUGUUUCGCCACAAACGGAGCAGCACAUUAUGUAUGAGUCGCAACCAAAUAGUACCUCUUUCGCUAGCGUGGAAACUUUUACGCCACAAACGGAGCAGUAA